ACGGUUAGUUUACAACGGAUCAAGCAUAGUACGAUUUUCCUACCACUGUCAAUGGCGCCAAUAUCGGUGGUCGACCUAUGGUGUAUAAGGUUGCCAAUCUUUUUUUAUUUCAUAGUUGGACCAGGUCGUUCAUUUUCGGUCCAAGGCGUUAAAGAGGAAAGUAUACGGUAGGAUUUAACAAAAGUUUGCAAAAUGGCAUGUUCUUAUGGGCGUGCGAUUCUACUUACAUGUCGACGUUCGAUAUCUUACAGUGCACCAAGAUAUAUCAAACGAGAGUGUGCUGAUCCAUUGGAACAUGCAACGGGAAUAGAAAAACGAGAAAAACUUGCUAUAGCCGCUGGCGAUGAAGAUCCUUUUAACUUGAACGUUACAAAACGUGGACCUGGCACAAAAGAAUGUCCAAAUCUGGUACCAAGUGCAUUUGAUAGUCGUAUGGUUGGAUGUAUCUGUGAAGAAGAUCAUUCGCAUAUAAACUGGAUGUGGUUACAUGAAGGAACUCCACGACGUUGUGAAUGUGGAUAUUGGUUUAAGCUCGUUGAAAAAGCUCCUGUUUAAUAACACAUGAGAAUAAACUAGUGAACUGUUUAAAAUAUAUAGAAUUAAUAUUAUAUUAGAUAAGUAGAAAAAUAACAAUUAUUUAUUGCCUAUCCAUAUUUAAUUUUUCCUAUUUUCGCCAUGCAAACUUUUGUUAAUAACAAUGUUGUAUGAUAUGAGUAGUAGAUUGCAUAUUAUUGUACUCAUAUAUCAUCUAUGGAUACGUAUAUCAACUAUGUGUGAUCACUUCACCUAAAAUUUUACUAAAUAUGAAAUAUAUAAUAUAUACAUUCAUAAGUGAAGAUGUUAAUAAAAAUUUAAUAAAAAUUAUAGAAAAUA